AUGAUCACAAUGUUCUACUCAUAUAAUAUUGUUUGGAAUUAGUUGUCACGUCAAUAAUCCCGAAAUCACUUCAUAUUAAGUGAAACAACUAAAUCCGAACAGAGGGAAGUAGAAUAUCAGUAAAUGUUUUCUCAGUUUAUCUUCAAAGACAGUUGAAUGACAGGGGAAAAUACAGGCAUAAGGGUGUCUGAGGCAGUUUACUUGCAAGAAUUGUCUAGAAAUCAGCAGAAGAAAACGGUUGAUAUUUCUGUAGAGAGGAGUAAGUCCUUAAGAGUUCGGUAUUACUAUGGAGUUAUAUUCUUGAUCACGAAUUUCGUCGCGUGGAUUAUUCGUGAUUAUAUUCAAAGGGUCAUCCCUGAAGAUCAUUUUCUUAGAACUUGUGGAAUAGGAGGUCAUGACUGCAUUCAAACAAUUGGAGUCCUUCGGAUCAGCUUUGGAUGCUUCAUAUUUUUCGCUGUGAUGUUUCUCACAACAGUAAAAACAAGCAAGCUACAAGAAGUUCGUAAUGCUUGGCAUUCUGGUUGGUGGCCAGUAAAAUGCAUCCUGUUAGUUAUAUCGAUGAUGUCUCCUUUCUUCGUUCCUUCAGAAUUCAUUCACUUCUAUGGCGAGUUUGCCCGUAUUGGUGCAGGGAUAUUUCUUGCUCUCCAACUCAUUAGUGUGAUUCAAUUUAUAGCAUGGUGGAAUAACUACUGGAUGCCUGAUGUGAAAUUGAAGCAAAGCUGCUCCCUUGGAUUGUUUAUGUCAACACUUUUUUAUGUAGCUUCGAUAUGUGGAGUUGUUGCCCUAUAUAUCUUGUAUGUUCCAAGACCUUCCUGCACACUAAACAUAUUUUUUAUCACGUGGACGGCAGUUUUGCUUAUUGUAAUGAUGCUUAUCUCAUUACAUUCGAAGGUCAACAGAGGUCUUCUAUCUUCAGGAAUCAUGGCUGCUUAUGUUGUCUUUCUUUGUUGGUCUGCUAUCAGGAGUGAGCCUGCUGGAGACAAGUGCAGUCCACAGAAACAAGCAGAUGGGCAUCACGAUUGGAUGACUGUGUUUAGCUUCUUCAUCGGAAUUUGUGCAAUAGUAAUGGCAACCUUCUCAACAGGGAUAGAUUCCGAAUCAUUUCAGUUUCGUAAAGUUGAAGUUCAAGAAGAGGAUGAUAUUCCGUAUAAGUAUGGAUUCUUCCAUCUGGUGUUUUCCUUAGGAGCCAUGUAUUUUGCAAUGCUAUUCAUAAGUUGGGACCUCAACAGCUCUACUAAAAAAUGGAGUAUUGAUGUUGGAUGGGCAAGCACUUGGGUGAAAAUUAUCAACGAGUGGUUUGCAGCCACCAUAUACAUGUGGAAGUUGAUAUCACCUGUUGUGAGACAAGCCAAGAUCAUGGAUGACGGAGCUAUGCAACCAAAUCAGAGAUGCUAACAGCUUCAUCAUAGACAACACUUUUGUAAGUUUGGAAAGAUAUGUUAUUUGGGAGGAAUCUGAGCUAUGUGGCUUCGGAGGUUGAACCUGAAUUUCCAGGGAUGCAGGAAGCAAUAGGACAUUCUUAGCGCGAGUGCCAGUAGAUAUUUAUCAAUUCUUUGUUCUUAUUUUUCUCUUAGUCAGUUAUUCAUCGGCUAAGAGAAAAAUCAUUUUUUUUCAUGCCAUUGAUAUUGAUUUGUGCCAAAAUACUCCAAUGAAAUAGAAUUAGAUCAGGCUAUGCAUUUUUUCUAUUUGACUUCCACUUGCCAGCAUUUCUGGUAAAUUUCACAGAUAUCUUUCACAGAUAUAUACAUAACAUUCAUGAAUGCAGAUAAUAUGUAUUUCUGUACCUCAAUCUUGUAAUAAAUCAAGUUUAAACAUUUUUUUUUUUAUAAAGUCAUGUUAGAG